CACUUGCUCACUUGUCUGAAAGCAAAGAAUGGGCUCUGUUUUCAGUGGGUUGAGACCACAAGGCAGCACCAAACAGCAUGAAGCAGAUGGACCAAUAAACAACUCAUUCCCUUUGGGUGGACCACCCCCUGAGCCUCAGGAGCACAGACUGGGCCCUCCAGAACCUGAGAAAGACAUUGUCCUUGCUCAGUAUGAUUUCACACCAGUGAACGACCAUGACCUCCCUUUUCAGAAAGGGGAAAAACUGAAGAUUAUUACUGAUCAAGGGGGUUGGUGGUUGGCUAAGUCAUUAGCCACAGGAAAAGAGGGAUAUAUUCCACCCACAUACGUAGCCAGACUGGACACACUAGAGGCGGAGAGAUGGUUCUUCAAGAAUCUGAGCCGCAGAGAUACCGAGCGUCUGCUUCUAGCCCCGGGGAACAAAGCUGGAGCCUUCCUGAUCCGGGAGAGUGAAACCAGCAAAGGGGCGUUCUCUUUGUCCAUCAGAGAUGAGGUGCCGAAGCAUGGAGACGUAGUAAAACACUAUAAAAUCCGCUCCCUGGACUCUGGCGGCUUCUACAUCUCUCCAAAGAUCAGCUUCUCCUCCCUGCAGGAGCUGGUGAAGCACUACUCCAGGAAAGCGGAUGGGCUGUGUCAGAGACUCACCAUCCCAUGCAAGGCGCUCAACCCUCAGUACCCGUGGAUGCAGGACACCUGGGAGAUUCCUCGUGAAACGCUGAAGAUGGUGAAGAAACUUGGUGCAGGACAGUUUGGAGAAGUGUGGAUGGGCUACUAUAAGAGCACCCAGAAAGUGGCCAUUAAGACCCUGAAGCAGGGCAGCAUGGAGCCAGAGGCCUUCCUGCAGGAGGCCAACCUGAUGAAGCAGCUACAGCAUGACAGGCUAGUUCGUCUCUACGCCGUCGUCACAAAGGAGCCCAUCCUCAUCGUCACUGAGUUUAUGACUAAUGGGAGUCUGCUCGACUUCCUGAAGACAGAUGAAGGAAACCGCCUCACACUUCCUAAGCUGAUUGACAUGUCAGCACAGAUUGCAGAGGGAAUGGCCUACAUUGAGAGACUAAACUACAUCCACCGGGAUCUGCGGGCAGCCAACAUCCUAGUGUCCGAAUCAUUGCACUGCAAGAUUGCUGACUUUGGAUUGGCCAGAGUCAUAGAGACUGAGUACACAGCACAGGAAGGUGCAAAGUUUCCCAUCAAAUGGACGGCACCGGAGGCAAUCAACUAUGGCACGUUCAGCAUCAAGUCUGAUGUGUGGUCUUUUGGCAUUCUCCUCACAGAGGUUGUGACGUACGGGAGAGUACCUUAUCCAGGUAUGACAAACCCUGAGGUCAUUAGAAACCUGGACAGGCGCUAUCGGAUGCCAUGUCCAGAGCACUGUCCCGCAGAGCUGUAUGACCUGAUGAUGUCCUGUUGGAGGGAGUACCCGGAGGAGAGGCCCACCUUUGAGCACCUGCAGUACACCCUGGAGGACUUUUUCAUCGCCACAGAGCGGCAGUACGAGGCACACCCCUGA